GAAGUACAGCCGCUCAAGCACUACCUCUGGCCCUGAGAGAAACUCUGCCUGCCUGCCUGCCUGGAUUGCAAAACAGGGCGUCCUCGAAGAUGAAGGCUUCCUUUGCAGCAUUGAUGGCAGCUCUGCUGUGCGUGGAAAGAGUUGCCUCUCUGGCGUGCUUCUCAUGUGACAACGCGGACUCCAACUGGGGUUGCAUGAAUAUCAAGACCUGCGAUGACAGUGAGAAGUACUGCAUCACAAAAUAUUUUGGUGGUGGCAUUGGAGAGAAGCAUAAGCAGUCCAUCAGCAAGGGAUGCUCUCCGAGCUGCCCGCAAGGAGGAGUGGACCUCGGCCUGGUGGCGCUCUCCGUCAAAUGCUGCGAAAGCAGCUUGUGCAACAUCAGUGGGGCCGUCAGCGUGAAAGGCAGCUCCCUGAUCCUGGUUGUGGGCACCUUGGCCAGUUUCCUCUACAUCUUUGGAGCCAAGCUGUAGGAGGGGGGGUGGGGGCUUCUGGUGCCAAAGAAAGCCUUCCUUCCAGGGAGAACCCUAGACCUUUUCCGUGCAAAGCUGCAUGUCAGUGGAGUCAUGCGCAUGCGUUCCCAUGCACUGCCUGUGAACUUUGGUGACCUUACAACAGCCCUGGUCCUUUAACUUCUGGGUCCAGGAGGGGCAAAUGACCCCUUCUCCCCCAAACGAUUCCUGAGCUGCUCUUUUGUCCCAAUUACAGAGCAGUGCAGGGAUAACUUAUGAGUAAGCCCACCAUGCCGCCUGACAAGAUCGGCCACACAAGGCCUUCUCUCAGUCCCACCAACCAAAGCAGCUAGGUUGGCGGGCACUAGAGAGAAGGCCUUUUCAGUGGCGGCCCCCACCCUCUGGAACUUCCUCCCACAAGAUCUUCGGCACAUCUCUUCCCUGAAUAUAUUCCGCAAGGCCUUAAAGACCUGGCUUUUUCAGCAGGCUUUCGGGACUUCUGGGGAGGCUUAAUAUUCUUCUGUUUUAAAUGCCUCCUGUUAUGUAUUGUUUGCUCUUAUAAUUUAUAUUAUUUCACUGUAUUUUUGUAUUGUAUUCUGCCAUAUUUAUUGUAUGUACGUCGCCUAGAGUGGCCACUGGCCAGAUAGGCGACACAUAGGCCAGAUAGGCGACGCAGAGGAGAACUCCCCAAGUCCCCACAAGUAGACCCACUUGUGUGAAAAGGCAGCCCAGCCUCUUACUCAAAAGUGUCUACCACUGGGGCAGCGAGUAAAACAGCUGGUAGGCAAGCGCCCCAUCUUGCUUACCUAUAAGUUGAUGUAUUCAUGAGUAAGCAUCCACAGCCUGCCAUUUUGAUUGGCAAGGAUAACAUCCCUGAUGGUUUUAAUCUUUAUUUUGUUGGGAACUGCUUGCUAAAUACAUUCUUUUAGAUGGUAGGGACAUUACAUGUAUGCUGUCUCUCUCUUUUUUUGCAAAGUACAGAACACUCUGCAAGAAAACCUGGAAAAGGAGCCCUAAUCAGGGACCCUGACCAUACAGGACAGGGUAUGGACCACAACAGCUUUUGGUGUGAGGAACCUUUGGCCCUCCAGAUGUUGCUGAACUUCAUCUCCCAUCAUUCCCAGCAAGCAUGACCAAUGGCCAAGGAUGAUGGGAGUUGUAUUUCAGCAAUAUCUGGAGGGCCAAGGGGUUGGUCUUGAUGCCUUUCUUGUCUCCUUCCAACUCUACUAUUCUGUGAUUCUCCCAGCUAGUCUGGGGAGAAUUGGCUAAUAUGGACACACAGACUCCUAGAAGGUGUUUUUGGCCUGGAAAGGGUUAAUAUUUUCCCUGAACAAUGCUGCCCUCUUGAGGCUAUAUUUAUACAUGCAGAGUUUAUUGGCAAUUAGGAGAUUGGUAACUUUUUAAAGAAUACACAAAAUCUUUUGCGCUAAAUAUAGGCAGUCAACUUCCAAAAGAAUGAAAGCGUUCCUAAUACUUCUAAAUUUUUUCUUUUCAUUUUUAAAAAUGGCCCCAUUUAUUUCGCUUUGUAUCACCCCAGGGUUGUUUGCGGAGCAAUCCUAAAUAGCUUUACUCAGUUGUAAGUCCUGCAGCUUUCAAUGUGGAGCAGGCAAGUGUGUUUAGGAAGCUUUGCUGCCUGCAUUUCCUAAGCGCUUCCUGAGGCCAAGCAUAUAACCCCAGCCCAAGGGGAAAAGAAGGGCCCAAGGGAGAAUUCUGUUAUUCAAAGAACUGAUUGUAACCUGGUAUUUUAUAUUCCCUUUCUAUGUAAAGUGUGUAUUUUUCACCAAGGUCUCUGAACCGGAAUAAAAACCUGAUCCAAACCCUA